UAGCAAGUGCUGUCCAUUUUCAAAUGCUUACGUCCGUUCUUAUUGCUCAAUUCCAUGAUCACGUGGAGGCGUUUCCCCACUCUCACGUAAGAUGGUUGUUCUAGGCAGGCAGCCUCACUUCAUACGUACUAGAAAGAAGUUUAUUUUAUCCUACGAUAACGAUUAUAGUUUCCGCUUGACCUUCUUUCCUCUUGGCUACUCAUUGACCGGUGACCAAUAUGUCUUCCUCGUUGGAUCAAGAGCUCGUCUCUAACUCAUCGAAUGACUUCAAGUACAUGACAAGUCUUGGUCUGGAGAGCAAUAUCAGUACAGCUGCUACAGACAAAGUAUUUUAUUAUCACCGUGCUCUUGGAAAAGUGGAUGUCUCAAAGCCAAUUCUUGUUAUGAUUCAUGGUUACCCACAAUCGUAUGUUUGUACCAUUUCUCAAUUGAAGCGCAAUGCAUGAGAUUAAUGACUUUCCAGAAACUUCAUGUAAGUAUCAAAAUAACUUUUACCUUCAACCCUGUAACUAUUCAUUGCUUUUCACGAGUACCGUCGCGUUGUUACGGACUAAUUUCAAUGCUCCCGGAAUUGUCUGAUCUGAAAUGUAGGUGGAGGCACAUUAUACCUCUCCUGCCGCCCGAUAUACCGCUCUUCAUUCCAGACAUUCCCGGCUACGGGCGUUCAGCCCCCCAAACCACUCCCCACUCGAAACAAAACACCGGCCUCUCCAUCCUCAACACCCUCUCCACUCUCCUCCCCCAACCCUUCCCCUUCACCUCACUCCAUCGCAUCAUCCUCGCCGGCCACGACCGCGGCGCCCACAUCAGUCAGCGUCUCACCGUCUCCAAUCCGCACCCCUCAUUCCAAAUCCUUGGCACCAUCCUCCUCGACAUAACCCCCUCACUAACCCGCUGGUCCAGCUUCAGCACAUCUUCAACAGCAGUAGGAGGUUUCCACUGGCCCUUCCUCGCCAACGCCGCACUCGCAACAAGCAUGAUCACCUCUUUCGGGGGCGAGAAAUGGGCUCGCUUCUGUCUCGAGCGCUGGAGUGGGAACUCUCCCUCUGCAUUGGCGAAGUUCAAGGAGAAUGAGGCGUGGGAAGUCUAUAUGAAUGAUUUUCGGAGAGAAAGUGUGGUGAGAGCUAGUUGUGAUGAUUAUCGUGCUGGUGCGGAGGAGGAUGUUGUGGCGCAGGAGGAGGAUCAGAAGGCGGGGAGGAAGAUGGAUUGUCCUGUUCUGAAAGUCUAUUCGGAGUUGUUCCUGGGGAGUAACUAUGAUAUGAGGGCUGUGUGGGAGGAGUUUAUGGUUCGACCUGGAGAUUUAGAACUUGUGAGUGUGGGGUGGUGUAGGGCAUUUUGUGGCAGAGGAGGCGCCAGUUGAGACGGCGGAGGCGAUGGUGAAGUUUUAUGAGGCAAUUUCGGGGC